AUGCCAACCGCUGGCUUGCUCUUUAUCUGUAACCAGAAUCUUGAUCGGAGUGAUCUGACCAAAACUUCUUCCUUCUCUUCUACGCCAAAUAAUAACUUCGAUCGCCAUCGCCAUCGCCGUCGCCGUCCAACUGUUAUCAUCACCACCCACCCUGCUAAUUUCUUCCUCUUACGCUACCAAUCAAACCCUCUUUUUCUCUCUCUCGUAACAUCGGAUUUAAGGAGGAGGUGUAGUGUGAUGGAGACAAGAUCUAUCUUGUAA